AUGUCAAAUACGCAACCGGAACAGCAACAAUACACAACCAACUACGAUAUGUCUCAACACACUCAGGAUCCAAGCCGUCUUGCGAAGGUUCACCACCUAAAUCUAGACACUUUCUUCAACACUGUCUAUCUGGAGGAGAGUGAUCUUGGGGUAGAAAAUGGGCUCCUGGGUAAAGACGAUCUCGAUAUGCUAGUUGCAACUGUACACGUGCAGGAUGCCAUACUGAAUGGCUUUGAUCCCAACAACGUAGACUACGAGAACAUCAACGCUGACAUCUCAUACUCUGCAGACCUAAAGUAUGUACUCGAAGACCGAGAUAUCAUGGCGCAACAGCAACAGCCACAUUCUCAGCAAAAGCAUGAUUCACAUAACCAAGCACAGUUUACGUAUACGAAUCGCAUAGUUGAUGCCCGGUCGCAAGAUUCUUGUUCCGCUGAUACCGGUAGAAUCUCCCAACUUGGUCAACAGUGGCCUCCAGGGUCUCACCCGCCACCAAUACCCCUGGGCGUCUUACAGCGAUCUUAUGCGUCACUACAGCCCGUGCAGCUGUCUCAUGCUCAGGCACAAACACUGUGGUUGCAGCACGAUUCAGUGCCACAUGGCCGACACAUGCAGGAUAUAAACCAACAGCAGUGCGCCGCACAUCAAUACACAACGUCGCUGUUAUCAGAGACAGCUUCCACAGAACCACUGGGUGGGCUUUACUAUCCUAGUCCAGGAACUUAUUCAGCACUCCCAUCGUCCGUAAUGGCUACCGAAAUGAAAGCUUCUAAGAAGUCGAGUGGCGAUUGGACGCAGAAGGAGCCAGCUGCAACACGAAAAGCGCAAUCUCCUGCGCAAGCACAAGUAUCAGCACAAACGACUCAACCAGUCGCCGCAGCUGUACCGUCAGCCAUAGGAUUCAAAGGUUUUGCGGAGGCUAAGCAAGCGGCAGUCACCCGCGUGAUUCUCCACAACUACACUCCCCCAGUCAACGACUCUAGCUUACCCAAGGAUGAUGAUGAUGCAACCCGCAAGGUCUACAUUCGUCAGAUGUACGACGCCUACGUCGACAUAACCCAAUGCAUCGACCGCGCCACCGUUGCCAACUUCAAUUCGCACUUCUUCACUCUCUCAUCUGAUCCGCCUACGUCCCCUAUCACAUCUGUCAUGAUCUCUACCAUCUGUUGGCAUCUACUCACCAUCGCUAUCGAUCUUCAUACUCGCGGUCCUGUGUCUCUCAACAUCUAUGACCCAGCAAAGCUCAAGAACGUGUACACGUACCGGAACUUGACGUUCAAAGCGCGUAUCGACGCGGUGUGUGAACUGUUGAAGCUGAGCAAGGCUAGAUGUGCGAGUCUACUCAAACUUGAUGGUUUGGAGAUGGUCGUUGCGAAUGCGCCAAUGUUGUGUAGACAAACGAAGACCAAUCAUUCUUCGAAUGGCCAUAGACAAGGUUACCUGGCUACUGGGAAUGAUGCUGUCGCUGGCAAGAAGAGAGAUGCUUCGGAGAUGGACAGCGACGAAGCAGAGAAGACUGAUGCUCGCGAGUCGGACGGGUAUUAG